AUGGGUGGAGCCAUUGAAUCGGCCUGGCAGUCUUCAAGCCUGGCAGUCUUCAAGUUCCUCACUUUGAAAAUGAAAAAAUAUCAUGAUUCCUAUCGUGACACGGAUUGUGAUGGUGAUGCCCCUUCGAAAUUGGCACUAGAGUAUAUGGGUAAAGUGUUCACGAGCAACCGUGGAGAGAUCAAAGGAUUGAGGACUUGCGAAGAAGGCGUCGGCCCGACUGUCGUCAUCACCUGCUCGUUGAUACCACUAUGUAAGGGCUUCGUCGUCGCCAGCUCGUUGAUACCACUAUGCGAGGGCUGGGAAGUCGUUCAUCGUCACCAUCGCCUGCUCUUGGACGAUAUGGGCCUUUUUCUUGUUGACGAUCGGACAACGCCUGGCUCCGUGUACGCGAGUGAUCCUGUGUUGAAUCUAGGCUUUGAAAGGUAUACAAUGGUAGAUCGACCCACUGGCCCACUGGUCAGGUAUACUUUGUGGGCAAGAGUGUCGGUAGUCUCGACUAUAAGGACGAAUGCGAACUCGGAUGGUGGGCGGUCUGCUCUCGCUCGCCGGAAGCAAAGCGUCUUUAGGGCCUUCCCUACUGGCAGGUUAGGGUCGGGACUUGGAAACACGCUUGUCUUGCGUCCCUGUCCUAUAGGAGCAAGAAGAGCUGAGCGAACUUGCGACUCGGGUCGGGGUUCGAUUAUCAUUGGCGCGACAUCCCGUUCCCAGGCCCCGGUAGCCUCAGAGGGCAUUCUAGAUGUCGACGGCCGUAGUUGGAGAGCCACGAGCGCUGAUUUGGAACGGUCCCGUGAAUCAGAUGUGUCGUUGGCUUUUCGCGUCGCUGAUCUCCUGUCUCCUGAUAUUCGCCGUGACAGAAUCUGA